GACGUAGCUCAAGGACGGCCUUGCACGUCAAGUGGAAUCCCCAACUCCGCCUGGCACUGCGAAAAGGCUGUGGACGGGUUUUCGUUCACAACAAUGUCUACAGGCUCUUGUUACCAUUCCCACUUCGAUCUCACCAACCCCUGGCUGCAGAUAGAGCUAUCUCGGGCUUACUCAAUCAGCAGUAUUGUCAUCUAUAACCGCAUGGACUCUGAUAGUGAGAAGAUCAACCCUUUCAACCUGCAUCUGGGCAAUUCCUCGGACGUCCAGCUGAACGCCAUAUAUGGAGGGGACCUGAACUUCGACGACCUGACGCAAUGGUCAAAGACCAUUCCCAUAGACGGUGUGACGGUACAAUAUGUUGGCGUUGUCCUCCCGGGUUCUGCCCGAACCUUGCAGCUCUGUGAGGUCGAAGUUUAUACAGAUGACGAACCUACAGAAUCGGACCGCAGACUGGGAUCUCAGGUCGCGGGUUCGGAUCCAGGGGUGCUGGUGUUCGAGUCUCCGACCGACGAUCGGCCUCUCGGUCUCCUCGCCAACAUCACUGUGGAAAUCACUGCCGGAAACUUCCCUCCUGUCACCCGUUAUACCAUCCUUCAGGUCGUGCCGGACGACUCACUGGGGGAACUGACUAUACAGUGUGAAGCUCUGAGUGGUGAAGAAAACUGCGAUCCAUCCAAGACAGCUUCAACAGAACCUUUAGAGCUGUUCACGGAGUCUGAAAUAUUUGGAACGACAGAAUUCACCCUGGAAGAAUUCCCAGCGGGUUUUGCGGGCCAGGACUGGACUGCAGGCAUCGACGCCUACUUAAGUGAUGACACUCGGCUUAGAGUUAACGCGGGGACGUUUUGGGGAUACUACACCAUACGGCUGACUGAUCACCACCUUACCGAUGAUGGGGAUUGGUCGAGAAUCGCGGAGUGGCGCUCUAUGAUAUAUCCCACACCAGUUCAACUGUUGAAGAAGGGGAGUCUUCAGAUGCCUGCACUAUGA